UUCCGGUACAGGUCAUGUCGCCGGAAAUACGACGCAGUUGUGCUCUGAGAAUUGUUUCCCGGAGAUGGCGGGCGACGUCUGAAAGUAAAUAUUAAGAUAAAAAAAAAAAACCAUAAAAAAAAACAACUCGAGAAAACCCGAGGAAUUAGAGACGAGGCCUGGGAAAAUCUGCGAAAGCUCCAAACACCGGGCUUGAGUCGAACUGGAAUCCAGGUGAACUUCGCCCACAGACGCCAUGCCAGCCCUACUGGAACGCCCCAAGCUGUCCAACGCCAUGGCGCGGGCACUGCACCGGCACAUCAUGAGAGAGCGAGAACGCAAGAGGCAAGAGGAAGAGGAGGUGGAUAAGAUAAUGGAGCAGAAGAUGAAGGAGGAGGAGGAGAGGAAGAGGAAGAAGGAGAUCGAGGAGAGGAUGUCUCUGGAAGAGACCAAGGAGCAGAUCAUGAAGAUGGGGGAGAAGCUGCAGCUCCUGCAGGAGGAGAAGCACCAGCUGUUCCUGCAGCUCAAGAAGGUCCUGCACGAGGAGGAGAAGAGGAGACGCAAAGAGCAGAGUGAUAUGACCACUCUGACUUCACAAACCUACCAGCAGGGAAUGCCCCUUCAUUCCAGCCCGCACCACCUGAUCAUGCAGGGGAGUCCAGUGAAUCACAAUCGGUCCAGCGCUCUCCUCAGUGAACGCAGUAAGCAGCUCUUCCAGGCCCCAGUCAUUUCGGGGCGUCACUACCAGAGCCAGCCAGGCUUCAGUGGCGGAACCGCGGAACACGGGCAGUACCAGAGCAGCCAAUCAGCACACGGCACCUACAGCGUGAGCCAAUCACAGCACGCCUCUCAAUACGCCCCCGGGCAGCCUGUGCCAGUGAGCUAUGCAGGGAGCCCCCAGCUUAGAGGCUGUGUAUCGCUUGCAGGUGCCUCUGCGUUCCAGACCAUGCAGUACCUCCCUCACCAGCAGGGCGGCUACGCCAUGCACAGCCACUUCACGCCCCAGCAAGCAGGUUUUAUUCAGACUACAGGGAUCCCCCUACAGAAGCAGUUGGAACAUGCCAACCAGCAGUCUGGCUUCACUGACUCGAGCACACUGAGACCCAUGCACCCCCAGGCUCUGCACCCCACCGCUGGGCUGCUGCCCACCCCCCCCAUCACCGUGCAGAUCCCCCCCGCCAAGUCUGGCUUGCCGUACGCCCACCCCCCUCGCCCCGCCUCUCCAGGGAGUUUCACCCACGGGACCCCGCCUCAGCCCACACACUCUGUGACUUUCCAGAGCUCCCCACAGCCCGCCCCUCGCCACGCCUACAUCUCUCACAGCCAACCGGGACAGCGCUUCUACCACAAGUAACCGUGGCAACAGAGAGAGAGGGGGAGGGGGGCGUGUCCUAACCACCCUGGGCUUGUUAAAAUCCUCUGCUGUCCUGUUUUGUUUUUCUAAGAAGAUCUGUGGAUUUCAUUUCCGUGGCUUUUUACAUUUUUUUUUUUCAGCGCUCCCUGUUUCCAAGCGAACUCAGUUCUGUGGGUCUCUAGGGUGAGAUUUUUCUCUUUCGGUUCUGUGCGAUCUGGUUCCCUAAAGCCUGUGUUCCAACAGGCAGCUUUUUCUGUUAACUUUUCACGAAACUCUCUGUAGGGAAGAUGUUUUCUGCCAGCAGUUUUUCACCAGCUUAGCUCGGUGGAAAAAUUCUGAAGAAUGGAUUUCACAAUUUCUGUGACGUUUCCUGUAUAAUAACUGUAAGAGAAAAUUGAUGGGUUUUGAAUGAGGCAACGCUAUUCUUUUUUCUGGUUGAACAAAUGUGUUUAUAAUCGUGAAAUAUCUGUUUUUAGACCCUGAAAAAAUGUAACCCUGUCCGUGCCUGUUAAAUACUCAAUAGUGCUGAAUUUAGUAAACUAAAAGAAACUUAAUAAACUCACUGGCAAACGUUUCCACGAGAAGCCCAUGUCAAAUUCCACGCCAGACGCUUCAAAAGAAGACAUUGGAAAAGACUUCUAGUCGCAAACGUUUGUCAUGAAAUUAAGUUUCUUUUAAUGUAUCAAGAAUUUCAGCUACAAAGGAAAUGAUUCACGGACUCGAGUCACUCGCACUGCCUUUUCAUCAAGAGGACCCAGCGUGGCUCGUUUUGGAGAUUUGAAUUGAACUCUGUAGACAAUAUAAUACAAUGGCUUUGUCUCUGGAUGCAUUAAACUGUAGAAAAUCACAUUAAAAGGAUACACAAAUCCAGACUGAUUGCUUUUUCGGUACAGUGUUUUUUGAAAUAGGCCACUAAUGAUGACAUUGUAGCAGUGAAGGUGUCCAAAUAAUAAGAGAGAUCAUUAUUAACUGGGUUUGCGUCACUGCACCAGAAUUAAGUAGCUCAGUGGUUCAAGAAAGAGCUGGGCUGCAGUGUGGAAGGCAGCGGGUUUGAGUAGCUCUGGUUAGAGAAAGAAAGCAAGCGCUGGGCUGCAGUGUGGAAGGCAGUGGGUUUGAGUAGCUCAGUGGUUAGUGACAGCGCUGGGCUGCAGCGGGUUUGAGUAGCUCAGUGGUUAGUGACAGCGCUGGGCUGCAGUGGGUUUGAGUAGCUCAGUGGUUAGUGACCGCUGGGCUGCAGCGGGUUUGAGUAGCUCAGUGGUUAGUGACAGCGCUGGGCUGCAGUGGGUUUGAGUAGCUCAGUGGUUAGUGGCAGCGCUGGGCUGCAGCGGGUUUGAGUAGCUCAGUGGUUAGUGACAGCGCUGGGCUGCAGCGGGUUUGAGUAGCUCAGUGGUUAGUGACAGCGCUGGGCUGCAGUGGGUUUGAGUAGCUCAGUGGUUAGUGACAGCGCUGGGCUGCAGCGGGUUUGAGUAGCUCAGUGGUUAGUGACAGCGCUGGGCUGCAGUGGGUUUGAGUAGCUCAGUGGUUAGUGACAGCGCUGGGCUGCAGUGGGUUUGAGUAGCUCAGUGAUUAGUGACAGCGCUGGGCUGCAGCGGGUUUGAGUAGCUCAGUGGUUAGUGACAGCGCUGGGCUACAGCGGGUUUGAGUAGCUCAGUGGUUAGUGACAGUGCUGGGCUGCAGUGGGUUUGAGUAGCUCAGUGGUUAGUGACAGUGCUGGGCUGCAGCGGGUUUGAGUAGCUCAGUGGUUAGUGACAGCGCUGGGCUGCAGUGGGUUUGAGUAGCUCAGUGGUUAGUGACAGCGCUGGGCUGCAGCGGGUUUGAGUAGCUCAGUGGUUAGUGACAGCGCUGGGCUGCAGCGGGUUUGAGUAGCUCAGUGGUUAGUGACAGCGCUGGGCUGCAGCGGGUUUGAGUAGCUCAGUGGUUAGUGACAGCGCUGGGCUGCAGUGGGUUUGAGUAGCUCAGUGGUUAGUGACAGCGCUGGGCUGCAGUGGGUUUGAGUAGCUCAGUGGUUAGUGACAGCGCUGGGCUGCAGUGGGUUUGAGUAGCUCAGUGUUUGGACAGAAAGAAAACUUAUCUACAGCAUUACAGAAGAUUGCUACUGUCAUUGUAAACUAAGGCCACAUAAUUGUGUACAUUUACUGCUUUGAUGUUCUCUGUACGUGUGUGUUUUUUUCUUCCUUUUAAAUCUCUUUUUGUACCUCGCAAUGCCUUUGUCUAAUUGCUUUGCAAUGAUAAUAAUGUCUAGCAUUUAUAUUUUUGUGGUCAACGAAUAAAAAACAAGUGCUUUUUUUUU